AUGUUUCUGCUGACUCCUGAAAAUUUUCCACUUGAAUGUGCAAUGAAGGAGCGGCGGCGGCAGCACCCGUCCUGCCUGGAGAAGCGGCAAAGGCGACCAGUGCCCGCUUUCAUCUUGGAGAAGAAGGAGCGAAACCCCCGGUAUGUGCCUGUGUGUGCGCGUGCGGGCGGGCGGGCGGGAGAGGGGGGCGCGGGGGGCGCGGCGCGGCCGGCCCGGCGCCUCCGGGGCCGCCCGCGGGGCCGCCUGUUGCCGCACGGGCUCUGCAGCGCGCGGCCCAACUUGGCGUCCCGGCCACUCGCGGCGGCGCCGGGCGGCUCACCUCCAACGGAGGCGCGGGGAGGCGGGCGAGGGGGCCCGGCGCGGCCCUCCCGCGUGCCCGCUCGCCCGCCCGUCCGCCUCGCUUCACACAAAGCGGAGCCGGGAGGGAAAGAGCAGCCGCCGGAAAGGGACGGGCCACCGGCCACCCACCCCGCGGCGCCCCGCGCUCCCCCUCGCACCCGGCACCAGCCCCGCGCGCCAACUUACCUCGCGGAGGGAGCCGCCGCCGCCGCCGCCGCGCCCGAAAUGAUUUCAGGCCUCUCGAUCAACAGGACAAAAGAUGGCUACCCCAUUGCUGCCAAAUGACAUCUCUUCAAUUCAAGUGACCAACCACGUCAAGAGACAACAGCAUCUAAACUCCUGGAAGGAUCUGAUUUUUUCAGUUUGGGUCAGUUAGUGGGGGUUAGGGAGCAGGAAAUAUGCUUGGAUAAUGCUACUUUUUCGGCCAAAGGAAUGCAGUAGGCUCUGGAAGGCAGAUUAUGGGCUGGGCAGAUGACUUCAUCACUAUAGCUCAUUAUUGUCAUUUCCAUUUCAUCCUAUUCCCUUUAUUCUUUUCAUUCUGAUUCUAAAGUCUUCUAAGGUUUCAAUGCCCUUUGGUACCAACAAAGCCAGGGUGCCAUUUCCCUCCCUAGAAA